AUGGAGAUAAACUACAGAAACAAGACUAUACUCGCCCCCAUGGUCCGAGUUGGGACAUUGCCAUUUAGGCUACUUGCUGCUGAAUAUGGUGCGGAUAUAACAUAUGGCGAGGAAAUUAUUGACCACAAACUCCUUAAAUGCGAGCGCCAUAUUAAUGAUGUACUUGGAACUGUCGAUUUGAUAGAGAAGGGAACAAACAGUGUAGUUUUCAGAACAUGCCCCGAAGAAAGAAGUCGAGUGGUAUUUCAGAUGGGGACUUCGGAUGCUGUGAGGGCCCUUAAUGCUGCACAGAUGGUGUGUAAAGAUGUUGCUGCUGUGGAUAUAAACAUGGGUUGCCCCAAGUCCUUCUCUAUUAGUGGUGGAAUGGGUGCUGCAUUAUUGACAAAGCCAGAGCUCAUUCAUGAUAUUUUGACAACAUUAAAAAGGAACCUAGAUACACAUGUAACGUGCAAGAUUCGGCUAUUAAAAUCAUCCCAAGACACUGUGGAAUUAGCACGGCGAAUAGAGAAAACUGGUGUUUCUGCAUUAGCUGUCCACGGAAGAAAAGUUGCGGAUAGGCCAAGGGAUCCUGCGAAGUGGAGUGAAAUUGCUGAUGUCGUUGCUGCACUUUCUAUUCCAGUUAUUGCAAAUGGAGAUGUAUUCAACUAUGCAGAUUUUGAACGCAUCAAAGUUGCUACAGGUGCUUCAUCAGUGAUGGUCGCUAGAGGCGCUCUUUGGAAUGCUUCUAUUUUUUCUCCUAAAGGCAAGUUACCUUGGGAAGAUGUGAAAAGAGAGUAUGUUAGGAAGAGCAUCUUAUGGGAUAAUGAUAUCAAGAGCACUAAGCACACACUCAAGGAAAUCAUAAUGCACUAUUCUUGCCUUGAAUUCCCUGAGGGAAAGGGUGUAAUAAAGUCAGAGAGCCAUGCAGAUCUAGCGCGACUUUAUGGAGAAGACAAGUACUAUGAGCACGUCAACAAGCAGCGGUUCUGUGGAAGUAGAUGA